AUGGAUGAUUUUGUCUUUUAUUUUUCAAAAGCGUCCAAUCUCUUAUGGCACUCUUAAUAAAGUUCUGCAGAAAGACAAUACUCGCAUGUUUUUGUAAAAACAAAGUGUUUCUACCUCCAGAGAAGUUUCCAUCUUUCCAUUGAAAAAACGCGUUUGCCUUAAGCCCGAGCCUAUAGUCCUUUUGGCCAAGCUCGAUGGAUCAAACUGGGUAUGUCUGCAAAGGAAUGAACAGAAGGUUCUUUGAAGCAGCCAAAUCAGGGAACGUAAGAGCGCUUAAUGAGAGUUCGCCGCCGUGGAGCGUUGCGAAUGAGGUAACGCCAGGGGGAAACACGGUGCUACAUAUUGCCGCCUAUCAUGGCUCUCUCCCAUUCGUUCAAAAGUUGCUUCAACUUUCAAAUGCCAAUCUAGCGGAUGGGAUGACAUUUUUAAAAGCUAAAAAUAUGGAAGGAAACACAGCGUUACACGAAGCAGCCUUAGGAGGAAGUGAGCAAGUCGUGAAUGCUUUACUUAAAUUCUGCCCAGAUUUGGUGAAUGAGAUCAACAAAGCAAACGAAACAGCUCUCUUUAAAGCUUGUGAGGGAGGUCAUGCCAAGAUCGUUGAACUGUUGUGUCCAAUGACUUCUACUGAGUACAACAAGAGAUUUGAUGGGCAAACACCUUUACAUCUUGCAGUCUGUAAAUUAAGUACAGAUGUAAUUGAGAAGCUUUUACACCACAAACCUGAACUUGCCACAGAAGUAGAUAAUUUCGACAGAAGUCCGUUGCACAUGGCUGCGUUGCUUCCAUAUCUCGAUAAUUUCCUUUACCCAAAGCUUUACAGGAAAAUUUUCCUAACUGGAAAUAUGCUUAUAAGAAAUGAUGGUGGGCUUUCUUGUUACAAAGUGGACCAGAACAAGCAGUCUGCACUUCACGUUGCAGUCAAAGAGGGGAACGCAGCUUUAGUGGAAGUCAUAUUAAAAUACAGCAGCGACUGUCUAGAAAUGGUCGACAACGAUGGUAGAAUUGCAGAUAAUUUAAAAAUAAGUUAA